GUCGGAAGGCGCACGCGUACCUACAAGCCAACAUUUUUUUAACUAUCAUGGUGGAUAGUUAACCGGAUAAAAAGUAUAAACGAUGAGUGAACAUCUCAUUACUUUCAAAUAGUUGUUAAAUUAGACUCGAGAGUUAUUUAUUUUAAUAUUAAGAAAUAUAUUAAAGUACUUAGAUUUAAUCCAAGAGCAUCUGGUGAAUUACUCCUAAUAAAUAGAGGCUAACCCGCAUCUAUGUAAUUAUCAAUGAAAAAAAAAUAGUCUAUUAGCGGGAGAUAAUUAAAAGCCUGGCUCGACAAUUUUUCUCCCUGAGUAUUGCGUACUUUUGAUAAUAAACCAUGACACGGUUGAACUUGGAGGUGAAGUAUCUCACUCAGGAACACCUCACGGGUUUCGAGAAUUACAAGUACAGCUGCUUGGACACGAGCCCAUUGAGCAUCUACGUGAUGCACCCAUUCUGGAACAAAGUGGUAGAGUUCUGUCCAAAAUGGGUGGCACCAAAUGUCCUGACGUUUGCAGGCUUUCUCUUCACAGUGCUCAACUUCCUGGUAUUCUCCUACUACGAUUACUAUUUCUACGCGUCGAGUGACGAUCACCUAGAGUACGACAGAAUCCCAACGUGGAUCUUUGCUUUUGGUGCAUUCAACAUCUUCAUGGCGUACACCCUGGACGGAAUAGAUGGAAAACAGGCGAGAAGAACGCAGACAUCGGGUCCCCUAGGGGAGCUUUUUGACCACGGUUUGGACAGCUGGACAGCGAUGCUCAUCACCGUUUGCAUGUACUCUGUAUUCGGUAGAACCGAGCACAGCGUAUCACCCUUGAGGAUGUACUUCAUUCUCUGGAAUGUCUUCAUAAAUUUCUACCUGAGCCACUGGGAGAAAUACAACACUGGAGUUCUCUUUCUCCCCUGGGGCUACGACGUAUCGAUGGUUGCUACAAUUCUCGUGUUCCUCCUGACGAAUUUCGCAGGGUACAGAGUCUGGAAGUUUGAUCUACCUGGGGGAAUGACUGCGGGAACAAUCUUCGAGACGCUUCUGUAUGCCAGUGCUCUGGUAUCGAAUCUUCCUGUUGUACUUUGGAAUAUUUACAAGUCCUACAGAGACAAGACUGGGAAAAAUCGAACGAUGGGGGAGGCACUCAGGCCACUUGUUGCACUAGGUGUUUUCUUUGCCAUCACCACCUUCUGGGUCAGUCACUCCAGGAGUGAAAUACUUGAGAAGGAUCCCAGGAUCAUCUACUUCGCCAGCGGUACCAUCUUCUCGAAUAUCUCCUGUCGACUCAUUGUCGCGCAGAUGAGCAACACCAGGUGCGAGCUUUUGCCCUGGAUUCUACUUCCUGUGGGUGGCGCUGCUGUUUUCAGUUAUAUUCUACCGGAGUAUGACCUCGUCACGAUGUACAUCGUCGCCGUCGCUUCACUAUUAGCUCAUGUUCAUUAUGGAACUUGUGUUGUUCGUCAGAUGUGCCAUCACUUCCGCAUAAAAACAUUCCGCAUACGCGAACACUCCGAAUGACUACUUGCCGACGAUGCAUGUUAAAAACGAAGAUCUCCUUCGGAGAAUGAGAUUAUGCACACGUGUUUCAUCAAUUAUCAAUUAUCGACGAGAGAGUCAAUCGAUGUAACCGACAAAUUUAUUUGAAAAUACUGAGAAUUUGUGCGCAGAAAAAAAAAUCCCCAGCAGCCUCUCGAUGCCCUAAUCAGAUCUGAUCUCUUGUCUUUGUUUUUCAAAUUAUUUAUCCCGUGAUUGUGAACGAUUUGGCAUGAUUCGAACUCCUGGUUUGACCGUGUGUUAAUUCAUUUGCAAUCUGCACUUCUUCGUUUUUAGCGUGCGUCGUCCCUCGGACGAUUAGUUAAUAAUUUUAUAUUUAUGGUUGCCAUUACACUUUCACAUUUCGAAGGCUUAUGCCUUUGUUUAUGAUUUUCCGAGCUGAUGAGGGCGGAAAAAGAAACUAUACUCAAAAAAUUAUUCUGUAAUUAUUUCAGUGGCGAAGUGUUAAAGCGAGACAAUUCGAGUUUAACAUUUCUGUAAUGACUGAUUUAUGUCGAGAACUAUUGGUUUAUAGAAAAAAAGCUGAAGGACUUUUUUGCAGCUGAUUAAAUUACCAUCGAAAAAGAUCUUUUGAUAUUUUCACCUGAAAUCAAUAGUUUCUUGGAUUAAUCAAUAUUGAAUAAAAUAAAAAAUCGACUUGUCGCACUUUAUGACUUCUGAUGAUUCUUGUAUAUAUUGUGAUAUUUCAUUCGAUAGAAAUUUUCACAUUAGAUCGAAAUAUUAGAUCGCAAGAAUCCGGAGCGGCUGUUUGGUGCGCGUUAUCGAUGAAUCUGUAUUUGAGAUGGAAAUUUUAAUGUAAGGAACGAUGUACAAACUAGUCCCACCCCAAAUCUACGUUAAUGGAUGUAAAUAUCGAGUGUACAUCAACUGCAUUUACCUAACAUACUCUGGACGAAUGAUAAUGUAACUAAUCAGACACAUUAAACACUUUCUGUGAAAAUAA